AAUAGACAGCUCAUCAAAUUCUCCACGCGCCAACACACCAGACCGUUGUUCCUUUUUAGUUCAGAGAGUUAGAUCCACGCGCCUCGUUGAGCGUUUACAAAAAUUCCCUCAUAAAAUAUCCUCAAACGGCGCCUAACGGAGAAAGAUGACCUGUCGAAAUCUCAGUGAAUACGCGGAGCAAUAUCAACCGUCGAUGAUUAAAUCCCAGCUGGAAAAAUCUGGGCAACUAAACCAACUAAACCGGGCAGCUUCACAUCUGCCCGACCUCUUUAUAAACCCCUCACCACUUAUCAUUAUAGAAAACCCUUGAGCUUAAGCAAAUUCAAAGCAACACUAGAAACCCUAGCCUCUCUCUUUAUCUCUCACAACAAAUCUCUUUACUAUUUGAAAUGGCGAUCUCUAAGGCUUCCAUUGUUGUUCUCAUGAUGGUGAUCAUCUCCGUCGUUGCUUCAGCUCAAUCUGAGGCACCAGCACCAAGUCCUACAUCUGGAUCUAGUGCGAUCUCAGCUUCUUUCGUCUCUGCUGGAGUUGCAGCAGUGGCGGCUCUUGUUUUUGGCUCUGCUCUUCGGAUCUAAGUUACUGUGAUGGUGAUUUCGUACAGAGAUUGUUUUUGCAGCUUAUGAUUAUGAUUAUUUCAUUCGUCGUCUCGUGUGUAUUCCUCCGAAGCUUAUAGAUCUCAGUUCUAUGUGGCCUCUUCUUCUUCUAUCUUCAAUCUUCAUAUCUGUAUGAGGAUAUCAUUAUUAUUUCUUUUAGAGAGUAUUUGUGGUUUGUGAUUUUCUAGACGAUUUAUUAUUAUUAGUUAUGUGAUAUGGUUUUUGAUAUGAUAUAUGGAUCUUAUUCUAUUUAUUUUA